AUGCUAACAAUUGCAAAAUUCACUCAUGCCCCCAGCGUGUCCAUCUCGCUGGUGCCCUCGAGCUCCCAGCCCGGCCCCGGCUGCCUGCUCUGCUCCCUGAUGGAUUUCUCCCCUGCCCACAUCCAGCUGAGCUGCUCCCAGGGCCAGCAGCAGCUCUCGGGCCACGUGCUGGCCACUGCCGUGCUCCCCAGCGGGGACUGGAGCCAGCAGCUCCUGGUGCUGCUGGAAACCGCCCCCCAAUGCGGGCUCAGCUCCAGCUGCCAGGUGGAGCACGUCAGCCUGGAGCACCCCCUGAGCCGGCACUGGGACCUUCCAGGGAUGCUGUCAAACGCUGCCCACAGCAAGAUGCUGAUGGGGAUUGGAGUCUCCGUGUUGGGCUUCGUCUUCCUGGCACUGGGGCUCGGCUUCUGCCUGUGCAGGAAGGUGAGGGGGGAUCCCGGGGGUGGUGUCCUCCCCCCCCACAGAGCGUGUGUGCUCCCCUCCAGGCCCCCCAAGCCCGGUGUCACCCCCUUUUCUCUGCCCACACAGCUCCUGAAGCAAAAGGUUCUGGAGGACAUAAAGUCAACAAUUCCCAUUGUCAUUCUGUAUCCUGUUGGAUUUUCAUUCCCCUGUGUUCAUCCAGGUGCCCACAAGGAGCCAGGAAGAUGUGGAGCCUCCCAGCCAGGUGUCUUCCCAACACGGAUCACCAGGACCACGGAUCACCAGGGCUCUGCCCAACGGGGGUCACUGGGGAUCAUCCAACGCCGAUCCUCCCAUGGGGGAUGGAGCUGGAGCAGCGAAUGA